GUUUCACAGUUUAUUUAAUUAUUUUUAAAGAUCGUUUAUGUGUUUAUAAUUUAAAUUUGUAUAUUUAAUAACUUCAUUUCACUGUAAUAUAUUUUGCGGAUGCCAUCUUCUCAAGUCAUCCCUUAUUUUUUCCCUUAAACUUCAAGAAUAAUUUUAUAGAAAGAUUUUAAAAAUUGUAUCAUAGAAAUAACUGAUUUUGGCUCUUAGUUUUAACGAAUGAGGUAUCGGCCGUCGUUUCACUAACACAUUUCAAUGAUUCCACAGAUAAUCGCAUUUUCCAACUUUAAAUAUUGAUUAAAUUAUUAUACAAAGCAGGAUAAGCAAAUUUUAAUGAGCAUGGUACAAAAAAACAUAGUAUAUCAUAAUAAAAUCUUUCCAAAUCAGUUAGAAACGUGGAAUAUAGUUCUAGAAUUCAUUAAUUUCACUAAAAUCGGAACGGAAAUGUAAUUUUAAUAAAUCAGAAUAAUAUAUCGCAGUAUGGAUAAGAACUGCAUCAACACAGCCAUGUGUUUCAUGCCAACCGCAGAAACAAACUUUGAUGUUAGAUGUGGCUCCAUAAACAAUCAUAUGAAUAUAUUAGCAACAGGAACUGAGCAGGGCGUUAUUAUACUUUGGAGAAUAAAUCCUGAGGAUUAUGUCCAGAUCAACCAUAACAUUUCUGUGACCAGGUUCAAGGAAAAUUAUGAACGGAAACAUAAGUUAAAACUGGUUCCAAUUUUUAUGCUUGUGUCAAAUAAUAACUCAGUUGCUUUUCCUGUAAUUCAAGUAGAAUUUGCUAUAGGCUCAAAUUAUACAUCAUCGCUAAACUUCAACAAGGACUCUUCAAAGGAUUUCAAGUCUGUAGAAAUCGGCGAGGAUAUUCUUUUGGCGUUACAUGAGGAUAGUAGCCUUUGCAUUUGGUCACUCAGUAAUUACAGGUGUUUGCACAGGAUUAGAGGCCCACCAUUCCCCAUCCGAAGUAUUCAAGUGCUACCAGAUCGCAGAUUUAUAGCCACUGUUGGUGAUUCAAAGGUUAAUAUUAUCGACAUAUGGACCAUAAAGCUUAUUGAAACCUUGGAUAUUGAUAACAAAUUGCCUUUGAAAAAAGGUAAAGAUCCGAAAAGCCUAGAAACAAACCCAUAUGAUGAGCAAUCGUCUGAUGUCAGCUACGGCUCUGAAACAUCUGACACUAGCCCCAAGAUUUUGAGUACUUCCUGUAACUCCUAUUCAAGAACUAGAAUCAAUGAUAGGGUUUUAAAAGAUCACAAUAAUGAUAAUGAUGAUACUAAUGGUAAAGAUAAUGUUAACGGCAAUGAGUUUAAUAGUGUAAAUCAAGUUGGAACUGGAAUUAUAAUAUUUGUAGCAAUAACCAGUAGUAACGAGAUGUUGGUGUGGGAUUUAACACAUUCUAUACUAUCACAUAAAUCCAGCGAGUCUAGUUUUAACGGGCCAGUUAAAGUCAUAACUGAAUGGGACACUGUACACCAAAUUACAGUUCCUAUCAUACAUCAUAACAAUUCACAUAAGACAGCAAAUGGUGGAGACCCUGGUAAUAAACCUAGAGCAAAUGGUACUAACAAUUCUGGUACUAAGGGUAUAAAUGGUGUAAUUACUUCAAAUUGUAAAUUUACAAAGGGGCAUGUGAAGAAACCCACAAUAAGAGAGUAUAUUUAUGAGUUAGAGAACGAUCCUGGGAAAUUAUGCGUAAUAGAUAAUUACGUACUAUUAAUGGUUGGUUACCGUAUUUUGGUGUGGUUUUAUGAGGCACACGAGCUUACAAGAACAGCCGAAAUAUUAAGCUUUUCAGAUGAUGACUUUAGUACAAAGAAUAAAUGGCUAGGACUAACCUUUAUCAAAUUCAGAAAUGAGUCUGUAUUGUGUUCAUGGCUAAGAAAUGGGAAGAUGAAGCUGUUUCUGGUCCCAAAAGGUAACAACAGGCACUUUCAACCUAUGAAGGAAUCACUAAAUUUCCCAAAAUCCUCCUUUAACUUUGAGAAAACUUAUGAUAUGUAUUAUCAUAAUAGCGAGCAAAGUCAUGAGUUCGAAGAUUUGUACGUAUUUUCAUUUGAUAAGAAUGUGUAUUAUACCAGAAAUGGAUGGAAUGAUUGGGAGUUUCAGAAGAUCAAUUUGACUAAUUAUCUCUAUUAUAGUGGUGUUAAAUUCACCUGUUUGGCUGAGAGAUCAGGUAAUUUGACCAAGUUCGACUUAUACGCAAAUGGAGAUUUAAUAGCGCAUGAUCUAACAAACAUUAAAACAGAGAUCAUGAUACCGCCAAGCUUAUUCUUGUACAUUGUUAACAAUAUUAACAGGACAUGGAAGUUCACACCAUUUAUACUUACCGACUCGAUAAACGAAUAUUUACAUCGUUUUUAUUAUCGCUCAAGUUCCAUUGGUUUAUUUGACUCAAAAAUGGAUGAACUGGAAAGGACUAGUGGUGUUAGAAUAAUGCAUAGUACCUGUGAAUAUAUGGUGUUAGCAUUUGACACUUCCGUUCUGGUAUACUCAAUUCGCAGUUUGAGGGUAAAAUUUUACAUAAACGCAGUCCAUUUUUCAAAAAUAAAAUCAAUACAUAACGUAUGUAGUUUAACAGGAGAUAACGCAUCAGAGCUGGUAGAGUUGCCCACAAAUUUCGCGACAAUAGACACUGAAGGCUAUUUGGUAAUAUUUAACAUUCACGAAAUAAUCAAAAGUUCCAAAAAGUCAGACAGUUCAGACCAUAAUAAAAUAGAAAUCGAGGAUGAAUCGAUAUAUAAAACUGAUUCAAUUCAAGUGGAAAAUGAUUUUGGACUUUCAGACCCAGGUGCAAACGGUUUCACAGACUUGCAGCUGUCCAACUUUUUUAUAUAUUUAAAGAAUUUGAAAGGAAUUUACAGAAUUAACUCCAAGUAUCAAUUAGGAAGUAUCUGUAUAGACAGAUUAGUGCUUUAUAAGAAUAGAGAUUUACUGUUGAUUCUAACAAGCACCAAUGUUCUGAUUUGGAGGCUAAAUACUGGUGAUUUUAUAUCAAAAUUUGCAUACCUAUCACUAUAUAGACAAGCGAUUUUUUCAACUAGCACUGAUAACACUGCCCCAAAUAACACUAAGGACAUCAAUAGCUUAACAAUAUCAGACGCACUUUCAGUUUUCUUAAACUUCAACUCUGAUAGUGCAGAAUCGCAAGAGUUAAAAGUACCAAACUAUUAUUCUUCAUUAUCACUGUUUUCUGAAAAGUAUAAAAAGAGAAUCUCAUCUAACCUUUUUCUUUCUAAUUUGAUUCUAUCAUUUAACCACUCAAAUAGUGGUGUUGGAUCAAACAGUGUACACGAUAAUAGUAGGGGGAUUGUUAAAGUUUCAAAGCAUACUAAUGGUAAAAUAAGGAUGAACCAUACUAGAAUAAGUGAGACGUGUUCUACCGAAUGUUCUGAUUCUGAAUGUGAUGUAACAAACUGUUCAAUCCCGUUCAUUAUAUUACCUCUCGAGUAUCUUUUGGACACUGAGAUUAAUAGGAUAGAUUUUUUAACUCUUGCUAAGGAUUCAAUGUUUUGUUAUUUGGGAAUACCAAAUGGAAGUUUAACAAUACCACUUGAAGUGCGUUUCAAUGAGCAAGUCUAUAACCUUAUUAAAAAAAGAACGACCGAGUCUCUAGUCCACUGUAGUCCUUCAAGCCUCAUAGAUAGUAGUCUAGAAAGCAACUUACAUGAUGUUAAUAGUAGAUAUAUGCUGACUUGUAACAUGUUUUACAAGCUGUUCCUGUCACAAAUUUGCGAUAAUAUCUCUGAAAGGGAGCUUAAGGAUGUCAACACGAGGAAAUAUAGUAUUGAUGACGUUAGCGCGAGUUUAACUUCGUAUCAAUUUGAAGAAUUUGGGCGAAAUAAGCUGGAUUUGUGGCUUAUUAUUAAUGUGUUGAUGAGCGUAGAACGUCUAAAUUCACUUGAUAAUGUUUUUGGGUACUUGCAAAGCUGUUUGAAGACUAUUGAUAAGGACGAAAUUGAUUUGCACGUCUCAAGAGCCUUGGCAAAUAUACAUGUUUCCCAGUCGUUUAAGUUAAAUGGAAAGGCGAAUCUACCUCAGAUUCACAUCUGUGACUGUAAUUUUACGGUUUUCACCUUCGGUACUAGCUGUGGUUCAUGCAAUAAAACUAAAUCGGACACUGACUUUACUCAGCCCAUCAAAAGUUUAAAGAACAUUUAUGAAGACCAGUCGAUAAUACUUCUUUCACUAAUCUCCGUUGAAAAUUUUAUCUACUCACUCAAGUCGUCCAUCAGACUAGGUAUAAAGUGCUACUCACUGUCAUCAUAUGUAUUGAAGUUAUUGUUGACAAAGCUGAUGAGUUUGGAAGAGAAUAGCGAGUUUACAAAAACACCAAAGGGAACCAAAAAAGGUAAUGGAUCUGUGUUAAAAGCUACUAAGAAUUUUGACCUCAAAUCCUUUCUACUGAGUGUAUUGGAGCAAGGCUUUGGAGUGGUAUGGAACUUAUCCAACUUUUCUAACCAUUCAAUUCUCCCAGACCAAAUCAGACAUACGAAAUACUCCACAGUGUUUAGACAAAACGCUCAUAUUAACAAUGUUUCUCCAAUUGAUGCAGCAUACUUUUUUUUGUAUGUAUUCCACCAUUAUCAUGUGUUGAGGGAUAAGUCGUGGACUAAGAUACUCUUGGUUUCAUGCAGUCAAGACGUUCCUCUGGCAUUAUACAUCAUUGGAUGGAUUGUAAAGAAGAAGAAAUUGGGUAGCAAGGCAAUAAUGAGUGCGUUGAGUCUAAUAGUUGACUUCAUUGAGAAUUACAUUGAACUCAGCUUCAUCCACCUAACGGACAUUGUUAGCAUAGUCAUCAAGUGCUUAGACCCUCUGGACUAUAAUAUUCGAGUGUUGUUGUUGAAACAGGCCACUAACGCGUUGUUCUAUAUGGUCAAGAAUGUUCCAAUGGUUGAUUUUCAUCAGGAUACCCAAAGAUUUGCUGUGGGAUCUCAGUCAGGCCAGGUGAUUAUCUAUGACAUUAGAACGGCAACCAAAUGGAGAACGUUCAUAGGCAGUCAAAGUCAAAUAGCCUGUAUCGCUUUCGGAUCAAAUGGUAAUUUAAUUGCAGCCUAUUAUCACCAAAUCCCAUCAUUUAUGGUUUGGAAGUGUUCUUCAUCUGGGCUUAUUGGAUCAUUGUUGUCAAACACUAAUAAGGAACUCAAAUGCAUCAAACUAAAACCAAUCAACACGCUGCCGGACCUAAACCAGAUGCGAAAUGUUAAAAUACAGUACAAAUCCACAAAUAAGUGGUUCCUUCACAGAGAAGACGGUAGAGGCUACAUGAUCUCUACUUAAUAUAUUAAACUCUAA